UGAACAACAAACAACACGACAUUUCAGCCACCAUUUAAAUCACCCGUGUCUCCCGCGCGUGCGCUCGAACGGUAUACAUACCGUUCGUGAGAAACAGGAGAACAUGGACGCGCCAGCCGAACACAUGCUCUUUGUGGGGCUCGAUAUCGGCGGCACGAACCUGAAAGCAGGUGUGAUCGACGGCACCACGGGUGGUCAAUUGCUGGGCCGCACCCAAGAGAGACUGCCAGAGGAUCGCUCUCCAGAGGCCGUAGUGGACGGACUCGUUGCGCUGUGCCGGGGCCUCCUCGACGAGCACGGGAUAUCCUGGGAUGACAUAUUGUACACGGGCGUCGGCUGCCCAGGACAGAUAGACAGGGAGGCCGGCGUUGUCAUCGGAGCGAGCACCUUCCCCGCCUGGCACAACGUUCCUCUGGCGAAUCUGGUGCAAGACCGGACGGGACGGCCGGUGACGGUUCUAAACGAUGCCUCCGCGGCAGCCUCGGCAGAGUUCGCCAGCAGGGGAAGCCAGGAAAACAUCGCGGUCUUAACGCUGGGAACAGGCAUCGGGCUUGGGGUGGUAUGCGCCGGGCGUGUGGUGACGGGCUGCAGAGGUCUAGUCGAAGGGGGGCACAUGAUCGUGGAACCGGGGCCGAACGGCCGCCUUUGCGCCUGCGGUCAGCGCGGCUGCCUCGAGAUGUAUGCCUCCGCCUCCGCGGUGGCGGCUAUCGCCUCCGAGCGCUUGGGUAGCGGCGGCGGAAACCUAUUCCCGGCACCCUCGGACACGCCUUACUGCAACGGGGAAACCGGGGAAGAGCCGGACGCGGUCGCGCCUACUACCCCUACGCACGGGUCGCCGGGGCUCUCCAGACGAAGGGGUUCGAUCAACAGGUCGGACUCGGCGGUCUCGCUUCGGAUCAUGGAACUGGAGCGUCGGACGAGCGCCGAACAGCGGGCUUCGGCGCCGGCAUCGCCGUCGACCCCGGCUUCAGCGGCCGGGCGGCGCGGCAGCCGUCUGAGCGGGGGAGGGACAAAGAUCACGGCAGCGGAUGUAUUCUCGAUGGCGAAGAAGGGGGACGAGGUUGCGGUUCGGGUGGUGGAGGAGACUUGCGACUUCCUGGGGCUGGCCUGCGUGAACAUCUGCCGCGUGCUGGACCCGGACGCCAUCCUGCUGGCGGGGGGCAUGUCAAAGGCCGAGGGGCUGUUGGAGAAGGUGCGAAAGUCGUUCUCGUCGAGGGGCUGGAAAGUGCUCCCCCACGAGUGCGAGAUCGACCUCGCCAAGACCUGCGUGGAUGCGGGCGUGAUCGGCGCCGCUGGCGCGGCGUGCUGCGAGUACGCUCUAUCGGUACGCCGCCCUCGCAGACGACCAUCGUCGGAUUGCGGCAGCAUUACCGAGCGUUCGAAUGGGGGGCUGCAGGGCGGGAAGCAGGGGGCGCACAGCGCAUGGAGAGCGUUCUUAGCUGGGGUCGGGGUCGGGAUUGGGGUUGGUGCGGCUGCUGUUGCUGUUGCUGUGAUGGCGGGUAGAGGUGGCCGUGGUGGCUCCAUGUAGCGAACGUUUAUUGCUGCGUCAGAUGGUGUUUCCGUUUCAUCCAAGAACAAUUGUGUAGCCUCGAUGAUGUAACGUACUGGACGGCACCCGGGUCUACUUGGAUAUCUCAAUUUCAUGGUCGUGCUCGGUUUUAGGAUACAAAAAUACUGCUUUCGAGACAAGUCAAUCAUCAGUAGGUGUUUUCUGUUUUUUGUCUUGCUUCCGUAUGUCGGUGUUUGGUUUGUCAAUGUCGGUGACGAGUGUGUUUUGGGACCGCUGAUAUCCAACGUUACUUCUUUUGUUUGUUGGCCGCGUGUAUUUUUUCUUGUGUAACUGCUGCGUAACAAAGAUCUGCGUGCAGGUUUGUCAGUGCUUCAGGUACUACGUUGAUACCUUGCAUUGCGUGUGGUAUGCCACGAUACGAUAGCAAACGAUAAAAAUAGACAAGAUUUGUAUUUGUGCCUUUACUACGGUACAUGGUUUUUAUUAUUGUUGCUUCGGAGAAGACGUGCACAGAAGACUUUGGUGGAGGUGACAGUAUGCUUCCUCGUUGUACUCAUACGUGUAUACUGCGUAGCUGCAGGUGUUCCAAGCCACCGGAGAAGACGCGCACGUAGGCCUGCUUGUGAUCAUGGGAUAUUCAAAGAGAGCGCGUGGGUGUCUUUGUUUCCGUGCCUCGUGCGUACUUAAGGGUGCUGUCGCAGACGCACGCGCGCCGGUUCUGGAGAGAACGAGGCAGGAGUAUCUGUUUGCUGUUGGACACGGGGAGCGCCCUCUCGGUUAGUGGUGUGUAGUCUAUAGUCUAUAUAGUCUAACGAAGGGAACGAGCGUUCCUUUUUUCUCUCUUGUUGCGGUACCUACCCAGGCCCAGGUGCUUUCCUUCGCCUGCGGCACGGUAGCGAAGAAAACGCACUUGAUAAAACCAUCAUGUGUCUGUCCCGCACGAGGCAAUGCACGGCGUGGAGAUGCCGCACUGCUGUUGCUUGGGGCGCGUGGUGGUGGGUGCCGAUCUGCAGAGACUUGGGGUCCACAUCCUAUGCGAUGGGCUAUUAACGAAGGGCCCUUGAUGAUGUGACGCUCCAUUUGCGUGGUUCUCGUCGGUAAACGGACGGCGUAUGCAUACGUGACGGCUUUUUCCAUGUUAUAUUCUGGUGGCAUGAAGGGGCAGAUAGAUGCCUGUCAGACCG